UCGUGCAGGAGGGGGGAGAGGAGGAACAUAGAGCUAUGAAGGCAAAGGAAGAGCCCCUCCCCUGGACGCCCUUUGAACGGGAGCCGGAAGAGGCGGGGAUCCUGCAGCGCCUGCCUCUUCCCCUUCGGCCCAAGAAAGGCGCCUGGAGGAGAGAAGCGGGGCUUUUGGGGCGCCUUCCCGGAUCGGGACCUGGACGGAGGCCGGGUCGAGGCUGAGGUGAGUUGUCUUUGCUGUUUUUAGGGCCAAAACCGAAGAAUCAAAUCCCAGAUCCUUCCAACAUUUGCAAGAUGAUGAACAGGGGAAGACGAAUUACUCAGCGACACCUGGGGCAUCCUGGGCAGGAACUCAUAAUCAAGCAAGAAAACAGAGAAUUGAAAAUCAAAGUGGGCAGGAAUGGUCAUCAUGUGAAAGACCUCACGCAGCGGAGAAACCAUAUAAAUGCAUGUAACCUCAUUAGACGUCAUACAACUCACAAAAGGAAGAAACUGUAUCCAUGUAAGGAAUGUGGAAAGAGCUUCAAUCAGAAUGAUACCCUUAGGUCACAUGAAAGAACACACACUGGGGAGAAAUCAUAUAAAUGCAUGGAAUGUGGAAAGAGCUUCAGUCAGAGCAAUAGCCUCAACAUACAUCAAAGAACUCACACUGGGGAGAAACCGUAUCCAUGUAUGGAAUGUGGAAAGAGCUUUAGUCAGAGUGGUCACCUUAGGUCCCAUCAAAGAAUCCACACAGGUGAGAAACCAUAUAAAUGCAUAGAAUGUGGAAAGAGCUUCAGUCACAAUAGACUUAGGUCACAUCAAAGAAUUCACACUGGGGAGAAACCAUAUAAAUGCAUGGAAUGUGGGAAGACCUUUAGUCAGAGUGGUUACCUUAGGUCGCAUCAAAUAACCCACACAGCUGAGAAACCAUAUACAUGCAUAGAAUGUGGAAAGAGCUUCAGUCACGACAAUAGACUUAGGUCACAUCAAAAAAUUCACACUGGGGAGAAACUGUAUCCAUGUAUGAUUUGUGGGAAGAACUUUAAUCAGAGUGGUCACCUUAGGUCACAUAAAAUAACACAUACAGCUGAGAAACCAUAUAAAUGCAUAGAAUGUGGAAAGAGCUUCAGUCACAACAAUAAACUUAGGUCACAUCAAAGAAUUCACACUGGGGAGAAGCCAUAUAAGUGCAUGGAAUGUGGGAAGACCUUUAGUCAGAGUGGUUACCUUAAGUCACAUCAAAUAACCCACACAGGUGAAAAACCAUAUAAAUGCGUAGAAUGUGGAAAGAGCUUCAGUCACAACCAUUAUCUCAAUAUACAUCAAAGAACACACACUGGGGUGAAACCAUAUCCAUGUAUGGAAUGCGGAAAGAACUUUAGUCAGAGUGGUCACCUUAGGUCCCAUCAAAGAACCCACACAGGUGAGAAACCAUAUAAAUGCAUAGAAUGUGGAAAGAGGUUCCGUGACAACAAUAACCUCAGUAUACAUCAAAGAACUCACACUGGAGUGAAACCAUAUAAAUGCAUGGAAUGUGGAAAGGGCUUUAGUCAGAGUGGUCACCUUAGGGCACAUCAAAUAGCCCACACAGGUAAGAAACCAUAUAAAUGCCUAGAAUGUGAAAAGAGCUUCAGUCAGAACCAUGACCUCAGUAUACAUCAAAGAACUCAUACUGGGAAAAAACCAUAUCCAUGUUUGGAAUGUGGGAAGAGCUUUAGUCAGAGUGGUAGUGGUGCCCUAAGGUUGCAUCAAAGUACUCACACUGGGGAGAAACCACAUAGAUGCAUGGAAUGUGGGAAGAGCUUUAGUCAAAGUGGUUACCUUAGCUCACAUCAAAUAACCCACACAGGGGAGAAACCAUAUAAAUGCAUUGAAUGUGGGAAGACCUUUAGUCAGAGUAGUUACUUUAGGUCACAUCAAAGAACCCACACAGGUGAGAAACCUUAUAAAUGCAUGGAAUGUGGGAAGAGUUUUAGUCAUAGUGGUUCCCUUAGGUCACAUCAAAGAACCCACACAGGUUAGAAACCUAUAAAUGCCUAGAAUGUGGAAAGAGCUUCAGUCACAUCCAUGACCUCAGUAUCCAUCAAAGGACUCACACUGGGGAGAAACCAUAUAAAUGCAUGGAAUGUGGGAAGACCUUUAGUCAGAGUGGUUACCUUAAGUCACAUCAAAUAACCCACACAGGUGAAAAACCAUAUAAAUGCGUAGAAUGUGGAAAGAGCUUCAGUCACAACCAUUAUCUCAAUAUACAUCAAAGAACACACACUGGGGUGAAACCAUAUCCAUGUAUGGAAUGCGGAAAGAACUUUAGUCAGAGUGGUCACCUUAGGUCACAUCA